UGCACACAGCCCGUGGCAGAUCCGCUCUCUUUCGAUUUCAUUUCCCGGAAGGAUUCUUAAUAUUGCAGCGAUUCGCAUAAGAAAAGACAAACUCUGCUGUGCGAGACUACGACUUUACACGACUACACAUGCUGUAUUUGGUGUAUACAUCGAUCAGCUAUUGAUACAGUAAUCAGGUAUUAAUAUCUGUAGCGAAUAUUUAUGAGUUUGUGAAGUCUUGAAGGUUACAGAACAUGAGUGACGCCUCCUCACCGCCACCUUUGAUAAAGCUUCAGCAGAACUGUAAUGGGAGCGAACCGCCAGUUUGCUCUCCAGUUCUGCACGACCCUCCAAAUGAACGUCCCUCAGGGUACGACACAGUGCCUGAUGAACUCUGCAAGCUACCUGGAAGACUACGGAUCAAUCCAUCUUUGUGGAAUAAGGAAGACGUGAAUCUCUGGUUGCGUUGGGCACAGAGGGAAUAUUCCCUGCGACGUGCGGACCACCAAAAAUUCGAGAUGAACGGAAAAGCACUUUGUCUUCUAACCAAAGAAGACUUCCGUCUCCGCUGUCCCAGCUCUGGUGACGUAUUGUAUGAGCUCCUUCAACAUGUUAAGCAGCAGAGGAGAUGUGCAAUCUUCAGUCCGCUGUCCACACAGUCACAACAGAUGCUCGACUCAAACAGGACGACAGGUCCUUAUGUUGCUUCUAACAGAAGUGUUCCUGUUUGUCCAGUAAAUCCAAACUCUUGGGUGUUAACAGCUGGAUGCAGCACAGAUCAGAGCCAGGAGAGGAAAUCUUUAUCUGCUAAUCCUGAGCAUUUACAUGGCAUGCAAAGAGAGCUUUCACAUCAUGCUCCUGAGGAAAAAAAUCAACAGACAUCUCCAGACAAACCCAGAAAACCCGUCAAUGUUUACAGCACAGAUGAGCCUCUCAACCUGUCCAGUAAACCUGCAAGGCCGGCAAACACAGCACAAACCUCUGAGGCCAAUGGAAAGAUCGCAGACUGCAAACUCUUAUGGGACUAUGUGUACCAGCUGCUGUCGGACAGCAGGUAUGAGGCCUUCAUACGCUGGGAGGAUCCGGAUGCCAUGGUCUUCAGAGUAGUGGAUCCCAAUGGACUGGCACGACUCUGGGGCAACCACAAGAACAGGGCCAAUAUGACCUAUGAGAAAAUGUCCAGAGCAUUACGUCAUUACUACAAGCUCAAUAUUAUCAAGAAAGAGACAGGCCAGAGGCUGCUCUUCCGGUUUCUAAAGACCCCUGAGGAAAUCAUGCAAGGCAGGUCAGACCGUGCAGAACCGUCAGAGUCUCCUGAUAGUCCUGCAUCUCCAGACUACAGAGAAGACGCUCUGGAAGUAUCACCUAUAUCGACUCCGACUACCCUGAGCCCUAGCCCAGAACACAACUUCAGCAUAUCACCAAUCCCAUAACAUCUACUCCAACAUUUUGAUCCAGAUCAGCCUUAGUAGUUAAUUAACCUGACUUAUCAGAAUGGAAAACCCAGAGCUGAUCUUCUGUCAGAGUGAACAUCCAAUACAGAUCACUGUGAUAUGCCAUAAAGCGCAGCAGAGAUGGCUGAUAUCCCACAGACCAGGGAUAGGCAACGUCGGUCCUGGAGUGGCACUGUCCUGCAGAGUUUAGCUCCAACCCUAAUCAGACACACCUGAACAAGCCUGCCACCGUUAGCCAAAAACAGCUAACGUGAUCCAAAUUAGCCAUUAUGCUUUCUCCAAUAGUAAGUAAUACUCUCAUCUCCCUAUAGUAAGAAAAUCUAUGUCAGUUAUACUAGGGCUACACGCAGGUGAGUUUUUUUUCAGUGUUGGAGCUAAACUCUGCAGGACAGCACCACUCCAGGACCGACGUUGCCUAUCCCUGCCAUAGAGGUAUCAUAUCACUCAGUAAUAUUGUAGGAGACACUUAGUUUAACAUGAUUUUGACUCAGGGUAGUAUGCAGUUGUUUGCUCUUAGUAUGUGUUAAAAGCUAAACGACACUAAUAUUUCAACACAACAAAUCUGAUUGAUUCUCAUAACUGAUGAUUGGAGUUGAUAUGAAAAUUUCUCUCAGGUUGUAAAACUGUGCAAUGUUAUUUCUACAGAUUUGUGAACUGUACUGCAUUCAAUUAUACUAUAUAACAGCAUUAUAUUGUUGAUUUUUACCAUUAAUCAAGUAUCAUGAAAUCUGUGAAUUCAUUAAUCAGCUAUUAACUGUAUAAAGGGAGUUGACAAAUAAGAUGCUGAGAUGCAUGAACUUUUUUCUCUUUUUUUGGUUAAAAUGUAAGGAUUUUAUAUUUGAUUAAAUGUUAUUUUAUUUUACCAUUUCCUUCAAGGCUUUUUGCAGUUUUCUUACAGUAAAAAUUGUGUAUAAGUACAA